AUGUCACAAUCCAAGAAUAUUAUCGUCACGGGCGCCGGCGGCCUCAUCGGCCCCAUGCUCUCCAAACGACUCCUCAAUGAUGGAUACAACGUUAUCAUGACCGACAUUGUUGAGCCCGUUGUCCCCAAAGGUGUCAAGAACCCUGAGAAUGCAACUUGCUUGAAGGGGGAUAUCUGCGACCCGGCCUUCGUGAAGACUCUGCUAGAUGCAGCUCAGCCGUUGCACGCCAUCUUCAUCUUCCACGGCAUUAUGUCAGCUGGAUCGGAGGCAAACUUUGACUUGUCCUUGAAAGUCAACAUCGACAGCGUUAGGAACCUCCUCAUGGCCCUCAGGCAGUCGAAUCCAGGAGUGCGCGUUGUGUACUCCAGCUCUCAAGCUGUAUACGGACAGCCUCUUCCUCCGGUGGUGACGGACAGCGUGACACCAACACCGGAGGGAACAUAUGGCUCGCAUAAGUUCUCCACGGAGAUCAUUGUCAACGACAUGCAUCGCAAGGGCUUCAUCGACGGAUUCAUCGUCCGUUUCCCCACUUUGGUUGUACGACCCGGCAAGCCAAGCAACGCUGCGUCUUCCUUCCUAUCUGGCAUGAUUCGUGAGCCAAUGAACGGGCAAGUCUGCGUUCUUCCUUUGAAAGACAGGGCUUUCAAGUCAUACAUAUGCUCACCAAGUGGUACAAUCGAGAACCUGGUUCGAGUGCUGCACCUGCCUAGCGAUGCGCUACCUAAGCACAUACGUCACAUCAAUUUCCCGGGAAUAUCCGCAUCUGUGCAGGAACUGAUGGAUGGGUUGGCCAAAUACGGUGGUGAGGACAAGCUCAAGCUAUUACAAGAGGAGACGAAUCCCGAGUUGGAGAGAAUUCUGAGGAGUUGGCCACAGGACUUCGAUCCCAGCACCCCUGACAGACUGGGGUUGGUUAGGGAUAACCGAACAGAGGACUUGGUGAAGGAGUACAUAGACUCGCUUUCAUCAUAG